AUGACUGUCGCCUUGCCUUAUCGCGACAUCAAUGUGCACUCGUCGCCCUCGCACUAUGCCUUCUCCUCGCCCUCUUCUCCCUCAGCACCUACGCUUGUGAUAGAUCGCCCCUCAGGCGACAUCCGCCUGCACGAUGGAAAGCUGCUGGGCUCGAAGCGCGUUUCGAGCAUUGCAGGUAUUCUCGGUAUCAUCAAGUUGCGACUAGACAAGUACAUAAUCGUCAUUACCAAGGCCCAGCCCAUGGGCAGGAUAAAGGGACACAUGAUCUACAAGAUUGUCGCGACCGAGUUUCUAUCAUUACGCGAAAAGCCGCUGCACGACCCUGAUGAGGACAACUACCUCAGUCUGCUCAAGACGCUCCUCAAGACCUCGCCCUUGUUCUUCUCCUACUCAUUCGACAUCACCAACACCUUCCAGCGACAGGCACACCUUGACCCUUCGAUCCCCCUAUGGAAGCGCGCCGACGAUCGCUUCUACUGGAACCGCUUCGUGUCCAGCGACCUUAUCGACUUUCGCGGAGGACUAAGCGGCGGAUAUGGAAGGCACUCGAGUGGGAACCACCCCGGCGCGGACCCCUACAUCCUCCCUAUCAUGUAUGGCAUGAUGGAGAUCAAGAACACCUCGAUCAAGGGGACUCCGCUUACUUUCAUCCUCAUCACCCGGCGGUCGCGUCUCAAGGCUGGAACGAGAUACUUUUCGCGCGGCAUCGACGAGAAUGGCAACGUCUCCAACUUCAACGAGACAGAACAGACCAUCAUAUUGAACGACAAAGCUUCAAGCGGACCAGGAGGCUUUGGCGCAAACCAGAACGGUGCUGCGGGUGCUGCCGCUGGCAAGGAGACGCAGGUACUCGCAUAUGUUCAGACAAGAGGCAGUGUACCCGUGUACUGGGCUGAGAUCAACACCCUAAAGUACACUCCUAAGCUCCAGGUCCGCGGAGUCGAGAACGCCCUGCCAGCGGCAAAGAAGCAUUUUGCUGAACAAAUCCGACUAUACGGUGAUAACUGGAUGGUCAACCUUGUCAACCAGAAGGGUCGUGAGCAGCGAGUCAAGGAAGCAUACGAAGAGAUGGUCAACCUGCUCCACACUUCGCCGGCCGAGAAUGUUGAAGGCGACAGGAUAACACCCGAAAAGUUUCACAUCAUCGACCCUGCGAGGGCCCAGACGGUAUACGAUCGCUUGCACUACGUCUACUUUGACUUUCACAACGAAACCAAGGGACUGCGAUGGGACCGCGCGAAGCUUUUAUUGAACCAACUGGAGCCGCAUAUCCUGAAGCACGGCUACUUUUGCGGUGUUGACAUGCCAGGAGAUGCUGGCGGUGUAGAAGUCAGACGCCACCAGACCGCCGUUGUGCGAACCAACUGUAUGGACUGCCUCGACCGCACCAACGUCGUGCAGAGCAUGCUUGGUCGCUAUGUCCUCUCGCGCAUGCUCAUCGACCUCGGUCUGAUGCGCGAAGGCGAGAGUGCAGAAGAAGACCAGGCGUUUGAGCACCUCUUCCGCAACGUGUGGGCCGACAACGCCGACGUCGUCUCAAAGUCAUACUCUGGCACUGGAGCGCUCAAAACAGACUUCACCCGCCUCGGUGUACGAACAAAGCAGGGUGCCCUCCAGGAUCUCAACAAUUCCAUCACACGCUACUGCCUCAACAACUUCGCCGACGGGCCCCGCCAGGAUGCCUUUGACCUCUUCCUCGGCACAUACCUCCCCAGCGACUCUGCCAUGAGCGGUCAACUCCUCUUUGCAGACCGCCGCCCCCUAUUCAUCCAAUCAAUACCCUACAUCCUCGCCGCAAGCAUCUUCCUCAUUCUCGUUGGCACCUUCACGCGCCGCGCCCCUGAUGCUGCUGUCUGGCCUCUGCGCCUUCUGCUUCUUUUGUCGAUCCUUACAGCGGCGGUAUGCUUCAACUUUAUCUGGAGCAAUGGCACUCUUUACGUGAACUGGCCUAAACUCAACCGCCAACCUCCCCAGAUCGAAGCCUUCCAGGAGACGCUGUCCAAGAGGGUGAGGGUGAGGGUGGUUUCUGUUGAGUUGCUUUCUUAA